AUGCAGUCUCUGCUCACCAGGACUAAGAACUUUCUAACACCGACUGGCUCAUCGGCAAAUCUACAUGAGUCUGGUAAAUUCAGAACAGAGAAACAAGCAGAGUCUCUCUUCCAGCAAACGGAUCCCAAGAUCGAUGGCGAAGACUGCUUACACGACUGUGCAUCGUGUACAGAACAACUGCCAAGGAAAUGGUCGAUAGACGAAGAGGACCAAUUAUACGGCCAUGUUAAGGGUUGGGAAACACAUCUGAUCGUUGGCACAGGCAAGACGGACUGGGUGAGGGAUGUGACAGAGGAACAAGGCUCCUUGAUGCAAGCUGUUGGAGAGCUAGGGCUGGAUCUGAGUAACGGAAAACUCAUGCUGAGUGCCUCUGAUAUGCCGUAUAGCUCGGACUCUGGAAAUGCCCACGAUGCAUGGGGUUCGAGUGACGGUCAGAAAGGAGGAGAUUAUGUCAAUGAAGGCCGGACAAAGUGUAUCGUCUUGCCGAGAUGGGAGGUCGUCACUAAUGUAGGAGUUAAGGAGGCGAAGUGGCUAUUGGACGACAUUAUCAGUAAAGGAAGCACAAACUCGACACCGAUAUCGAAGCCAUCAGCACGAAACUCUAUAUCCUUACAGAAAGGCGAAACGGUCGUGCAGAAGGAGCCCGAAGAACGACCUAGCACACCUGACGUCGCAGGCCUCUCCAUACAACACUCCCAACCACGACCACAACAGCAAUCGCCAAACCCAGACUCAAAUGGCUUACUAGCACCACCAUCCCACAACUCACAAAUUCCCACACCCAUUCUCAAACACCUCAACCCUCCACCCUCCAUCAGAAUCACGCCCCUCCACCACCGCGCCAUAAUCCUAAUGUGCAGCCACUCAACCCGCGACUGGCGCUGCGGCAAGUCCGCCCCGAUCCUAAAACGCGAAUUCGAACGGCACCUCCGCCCCCUCGGCCUCUACCGCGAGUUCGACGACGAACGGCCCGGCGGCGUGGGGAUAUAUUUCAUUAACCAUGUUGGUGGGCAUAAGUAUUCGGCGAAUGUGAUGAUUUAUAGGCGGGAGGGGAGGAAGAGGGAUGGGAUGGAUGAGGGAGAGGUGAGUGGGGAGGCGGUACAGGGCAUUUGGUUGGCGAGGGUGAGGCCGGAGGAUUGUGAGAAUAUUGUUCGGUAUACGGUUUUGCAGGGGAAGUUGGUGAAGCCGCAGCGGCAGUUGAGAGGUGGGUUUGAUAGGGAAAGGGGAGUGUUGAGUUGGUGA